GCCCCGGCCGGUCCCGCCCCGCCCCGCCUCCGCCCACCGCCCUGCCGGCGCUUCACCCCGCACGGAGCAGUCCAACCCGCCGCCAUGAAGUGCCACUACGAGGUGCUGGGGGUGAAGCGUGACGCCGCCGAGGAAGAGCUGAAGCGGGCGUACCGCCGGCUGGCGCUGCGCUGGCACCCGGAUAAAAACCUAGAGAACGCCGAGGAAGCGGCAGAGCAGUUCAAAUUAAUCCAGGCAGCAUAUGACGUCCUCAGUGACCCCCAGGAAAGAGCCUGGUAUGAUACUCACCGGGAAGCUCUGCUGAAAGGCGGAGUUGAUGGGGACUAUCAAGAUGAUAGUUUAGAUCUGCUGCACUACUUCACUGUUAGCUGUUACUCUGGAUAUGGAAAUGAUGAAAAGGGAUUCUUUACAGUAUAUCGACAAGUUUUUGAAAAGAUUGCAAAAGAAGAGAUGGAAUAUAUGACCGAGGAACAUGCUGAAGAAUUCCCUACGUUUGGAUAUUCUCAAAGUGACUAUGAUACGGUAGUGCACCCUUUCUAUGCAUAUUGGCAGAGUUUCUGUACUCAGAAAAGCUUUGCUUGGAAAGAAGAAUAUGACACACGACAAGCCUCAAACCGCUGGGAGAAACGAGCUAUGGAAAAAGAGAACAAGAAAACGAGAGAUAAAGCAAGGAAAGAGAGGAAUGAACUGGUCCGUCAACUAGUAGCCUUUAUUCGUAAAAGGGAUAAAAGAGUACAGGCUCACAGAAAACUUGUAGAAGAACAAAAUGCAGAAAAAACUAGGAAAGCAGAGGAAUUUCGGAGACAGCAGCAGCUCAAACAAGCAAAGCUUGCUGAGCAGUACAAAGAGCAGAGCUGGAUAACUAUGUCAGAUCUGGAGAGAGAGUUGCAAGAGAUGGAGGCACAAUAUGAAAAGGAAUUUGGAGAUGGGUCAGAUGAUGAAGGUGAAUUAGAAGAACAGGAGACAAAAGACAAACUGGAUGAUGAGACUGAAGAAGCUGAAUUUGUGGAUGGUCUGUACUGCCCUGCUUGUGACAAAUCAUUAAAAACUGAGAAAGCCAUGAAGAAUCAUGAAAGAUCAAAGAAGCAUCGGGAGAUGGUAGCACUGUUACGUCAGCAACUGGAAGAAGAAGAAGGGAAAUUUCCUGUGUCUUUGGAUGAUGCCAAUGGAAUACAUACUAAAGAGGGGGAAGAAACAGAAGACAUCCCCAAGCAGAAACUCUCGAAGAAGCAGAGGAAGAAACAGAAAGCAAUGAUGACUUAUGAGGACUCUUUUGAUAAAAGUGCUGACGAAGAAACAGUUGAACAAAAGGAGGUGCCCUGUGUGGACAAGGACAGUGGCUCAGCAGAGGAGCUGGUGAAUGAGGGCCAAAGAUCUGCUGUGUCAGAGGACACAAGCAAUACAGAAGAUGUUGGCCAAGUGGAUGAAGCAAAAACUGAAGCAAAAAGCAGUACUAAGCCUAAAGGGAAAAAAGCCAAGGAGGCAAAAAAGUCUGCUAAGGCAUCUUCAGAGCAGCCAACAAUGAAUGAAGUUCCCAUCCACUGUGUAACUUGCAACUGUGUGUUUCCAUCCCGGAAUAAACUGUUUGAACACCUAAAAGCCACAGGACACGCAAAAGCAACACAAGCACCAGUUGUAAAUGGAGCUGUGAACACCAGAAGCAAAAGAGAGAAACGUAAAAACAGAUAGAACUUUGUUAUGGUGACAGUCUUCAGAAGCAUACGUUGAAAACCUUCCCAAAACUGAAAGGUACACACUCCCUGUGUUUGGAGUUAAAUAGAGAAGGCAAGUCCUAAUUUUGGGAAAAAAGAUGCAACAAAAGGAAAAUUAUCUUGUGAACGGACCUGUGCUUUGUUUUGGUUUUAUCAGCCUUUCUUUAAUGACUGGAUUUGACAUACCAUCUCCACAGCUUUGACGUUACGGGUGGGGAAAUAGUAAUUCAAAGCUACUCACCUUGCAUUCCUGUUGAAACUUGCAUGGAUAUAGUACCUACACAGAGGAGAUAAUUUAUUAUUUUGAAACUUGUGUUGCUACUUUGCUUUUGAGAGGGCUUGGCUCAGUGUGAGUGUAGCCAGUAGAGGGACCUGUGCUGCUUUGAUAGUCUAUCAAAGAUGAAUAAUCACUAAGACAUGGAAAACACAGCCUUUUCUGCCAUCCCCAAGGGCCGUUUCAAAGUAAUUAAUUACAUUAAACAGGAGACAGAAGGGAAAGAGUAAAAUGACAAAAGUAAAAUGACAAAUCAGUUUUGACAAUUCCUGUUAGUUUUGUACAUCUACCUGCAUGCCAGAUGUUGGACAAAAGUGCUGUGGAAAAGCCUUACUGAAAUAAGUGAAGGGAGAAAUAAAUGAGUGACAUAAUUUCUUCUGACUUUUAAUGAAAAGCAUUGUGGGAAUUGGUAUUGCACCUCUGUUUGAACGCAUAAUCUACCUGAUCUUGAGUACCACUUAAAAAAAAAAGUUUUAAAAACACCUGAUUUUGGAGUGCAAGUGGAUUCUACACAGGAAUUGUCAAUGCAGCUGGAGAAGGCAGUGCUCAGCAAGGGCUGUAGUUUUUUUGUUUAGGAGACCCCUAGAGUAUAAUUUUCCAGAAGCACUGAUACUGUGUUCCCUAGGUUCCUCUAUAAAGUUUCAACUCGUGGAGGAAUGAAAGCAUCCUGCUGUUUUGUGUGACAAGUUGACACAGUACCUUUACUGGGUCAAGGAAUUUUUUCAAAUGUUAAAAUUAGAAUGAAAGUAAAAUGACAAAUGUGCAGCUCUUGCAGGCUGUUGGAAACUGAAGGAGGUAAUGAACUAAACCAUCUAAAAAACUUAUUAUUUAACAAAGAAACAUGGCAUCUUAUUUCACCAGCUAGAGUUUGCAUCUUUGCUAAAUGAGAAGACUGAGGGGGAUCUUAUCAAUGCUUAUAAAUACCUGAAAGGAGGGUGUCAGGGCAAUGGGACUGGACCCUUCUCAGUGGUGCCCAACAACAGGACCAGGGGCAAUGGGCACCAGUUGGAACACAGGAAGUUCCAGUUAAACAUGAGAAGAAGCUCCAUUCCUGUGCGGGUGCCAGAGCAGUGGCACAGGCUGCCCGGGGAGGUUGUGGAGUCCCUUCCCUGGAGACAUUCAAACCCUGCCUGGAUGCGUUCCUGUGCCCCCUGCUCUGGGUGUGCCUGCUCAAGCAGGGGAGUUGGAUGAGAUUAUCUCCAGAGGUCUCUUCCAACCCCUACCACUCUGUGACUAAUAGGUGAGCCAUGCAAUCCCAAAAGCAGCAGGAGGAAAAGAAAAAGCACAUUUUGGGGAGACUGAUAUUAGAGCUCCAUGAUAAAAAUAAUUACUGUAGUCAGAAACUUUUCAACUCUGUGGGCACAGUUUUUUUCAUGCUUUAAUUACAGUAUAUCCUUCUAAUAAGGAGAAAGGGUUUUAACUCUGUUCAAAACCUCCAGUUAUGUUCUGCUCAGGGUCCUUCUCAGCCAGAGAUUAACUAGGUUUAUGCAAGUAAAAUCUCACAGACUUAACCCUGCAGUAUUACUUCUUGGCUUAAUUUUUUUUCUUAUUUAAAUAAAGUAUUUGGUUUUAUCA